UUUGAAUAUCCUACUCAAUCAGGAUGAUACACCUUUCCAAUACUUUAUUGAAUUCUCGAAUUGAUGAUUAGAUAAGCUACUUAGGGUAUCAACAGAUGCAUGUUUGAAAACCACAAAUAUCCACUAUAUUCGUGUAGGGUAAGCACUUAUGUAGUCGCAGAUAUCUCCAUCGAUCAAGACUUCGCAUGUGAACUUUGACAUUUCACACUUCUACACGCAGGCUUGGUCUCUGAUUGCAUCAACUGUCUUAUGAUACAUAUAAAAGGCAUACAAAAUUCUAUAAUCACGGUCCCCAAAUGCGUGAAAUCAUCAGUCUUCAGCUCGGUCAGCUGAGCAACUAUACGGCCACUCACUUCUGGAAUGCCCAGGAGUCAUACUUUACAUACUCAGCCGACGAAAAGUCACCCAUAGAUCACAAUGUUCAUUGGCGGGCCGGUCUAGGCGCUGAUGGCUCAGAAACAUUUCUCCCACGAACAGUCAUAUACGACCUCAAAGGCGGCUUUGGUUCUUUACGCAAGAUUAAUGCACUGUAUGAAGCUGAAGCCGAACCAGAUCCUGCGGAAUUAUGGUCAGGUCAAUCAGUCGUUCACAAACAGGCACCCAUUAAUCCAAGCGAGUACCAGCAGAGCCUCGAUGCAGGCACUGAACCGGCACAACUAACAACCUCGAAUGUGAGAUACUGGUCCGAUUUCUCACGAGUUUACUUCCAUCCACGUUCACUGGUCCAGCUCUAUGACUUUGAGCUCAACUCGACUACCAUGCCCUUUGAGCGUUUCUCAAUGGGCACAGAGCUCUUCUCGAUGCUCGACAAGGAGCACGAUAUCGUGGAUCGAGACUUCAGGCCCUUUGCAGAAGAGUGUGACAGGAUGCAGGGAAUACAGGUCUUUACUACUAUCGACGAUGCUUGGGGUGGCUAUGCAUCCGCAUAUCUCGAGUCGUUGAGGGAUGAGUUCCCAAAGACAACCAUAUGGACCUGGGGUCUUCAAAGCCCCUUGCUUGAUAUUCCCAGAUCAAAGCGCCAACUACGCCUUGCGAACAUCGCUCACAGUAUCGAGCAGCUCUGCACGCAGGCAACGACAGUUGUUCCUAUGGCUUUACCCGAAGAGGACCUAUCAGCUGGAGUAUCGUUGGAUCGCCGCUCGCCCUGGCACACAUCUGCUGUCAUGGCUGCAGCUAUCGAAACAGCCACCUUGCCUACACGUCUGGUACAAGGCUCUUCGGAGCAGCCAAGUUCUCUAGACGACCUGGCUGAGAGUCUGAACGUCAAUGGCAAUCAGCCCCUGGCCAGCAUCAACAUGUCAUUGGCAUCUGCAAAAGACUCAUCGGAAGACAGCCGCAUCAAUGUCGACUUCUUCCAAAUAGGGCGCACUUGGAGUCGACAGCAUAUUGCUAGAUCGGAUGCCCAUAAGCAUGUCUUUGGUGAACUCCGAUCUUAUCGAGAUCUGGACCCCCUUGGGAACCUUGAUGAAGACGCUCCUGGACAUCUUGCUCCAGGUGAACGCCCCAUGAUAGGCAAUUCUGUUGUGCGCAAAUACGAUUCAUCUCUCAGAUUCCCGUUGCUGGACGCCUACCCCCAGAUCUAUCCCCAACUCAGUAGCCAUCCUGAUGUCAGCAUGCAAACCACACUCUCGACAAACAGCUCAUUAGUGCAACGGAUCAGAAAUUUGCGGUCAGACUCUGCUCGACUUGUGCCAGUCAACGAAAGAGAGGAUCUUGGUAACGGACUCGCAGAACUGGCGGAUGCCUACCAAGAAGGCUGGUUCAGUGGCAGUGAUGAUGACGACGAUGACCUAUGAUACAUUUGAUAGAGCUAGCCAUCAAAUCCGAAUAGAGUCGAGCAAUCUCGGGCACCAUUCACAUCUCAGGAACACGCGGGACAAAAACAAGAAGAGGUUUGGAGCAAAUCUCCCAAGGCUCAUCGAGCCUCAAAAAGUUUGUAUUGAUCUAGCAUGGCCAUUUCCUAGGUACAGAUAUAAUAUGAGGUUGCUGUAGGUCUUCAACGUUAUCGACCCGGCGACUAGACAGCUCCCAAUUUGGAGAUAUGUUGCUGCGAAGCACAAAAUGUUGAUUUAGCCAGCUGCCCUUCCCGCACUACACGUGCCUCUCUCUCUCUUUCUGCUGUUAUUAAUGUAGAUUAUUCAAUCUUCCAAUCGCAAAUAACGCCGCCAGUAAUGCAUUAACACAUCAGGCUGGCACUGCCAACUUACCAUGGUAGUUGAUGCAGUUCAGUCUGGUUGAAAGCGAACUUUUUUGUUUAUCUUAUGUUAGUUACGUGAUCAGCCACAUGCUAAUCGUCCAGCCACUUAUGGACUUGCCGAUAUUCUUGAUAUUUUUGAGAUACAGUGCAAGAUGCACAAUUGAGUUGUGGUCGAGCUCUUCCGAGCCAACUUUUGUGUGGAACGCGAAAUAUGCUAUCAUGCUCAGCCUGCGGCGGCAACCGAGGCUUGCUGUCUCUUCGCUGGGGGAGGAUUCUCCUAUUCGAGGAUUAGUAUACCCUAGCUGAGAGGGAUGUGCCAUCUGGAACAGCGCAUCUUGGCCGGCAAUGGGAAUUCGUCCGGUGAUGCUUAAAUACCUCUGGGGGCCCCCGUUUCUUGCCGUUUGCUGAGCCCUUAGCUGCAGCCUUCUUCUGGGGUUUCUUCUCGCCGUCGUCGAAUACAUCGUCUGGUAAAUUGAAGCUGUGCGGGUCAAAGUCAGCAGGCCAAGGUGCGUUGAUG